AUGGACCCCCUCAGCGCCAUCGGCCUGGCAUCCGCCAUCGUCCAGUUCGUCCAGUUCGGCUUCCAGAUCGCCGACCGGCUGCAGGACCUGACGGCGAAGCACCCCGGCCAGAUCCCCAAAGCGCUGCAGAGCAUCUCCAUGCACCUGCCGCUGCUCGCCAACUCGCUGUCCAAGAUCAAGUCGGACGCCCGCGUCGCCGGCUUCGACCUAGACACCAAGUGCAUCCUCAAGGGCAUCGUCGCCGGCUGCCUGACGCAGGUGCAGGAGGUCGAGGCCAUGCUCGAGGAGAUUGCCUGCGCACCGGGCGACUCCCUCAAGACGAAGCUGAAGAAGGUGGUGACGAGCGUAAGGCACCAGGAGCGGCUGGCGCGUAUUGAGCGCACCCUCAACACGUACAUCUCCGUGCUCAUCCUGCACCAUGUGGUUGAUUCGGCGGAUGCGCCGAAGGACUUGCAGGACGAGACGUGCUUUGAUGUGCGCGAGAAGCUGGCUGACGCGUACGUGGAGCGCAAGGGACUGAUCGAGCAGCUGGACGCCCACCUCUACGACGCCUCCCGCUCGCAGGUCACCUCGCCGACGGUGCUACUACUCUCCGGCGCAAAGGGCGCCGGCAAGACGCAGCUCGCGCUCGGGUAUUGCCGCGCCGCCCACGAGCUCCGGCAGUUUCGCAGCGUCUUCUGGCUCGACGCCUCCACCCUCGAGAACUUGCACCUUGGCUUCGAGCGCGUCUUCGCCACCGUCCACCAAAGCACCCAGGGCUCGCGCGCCGACAAGAUGGCCUCCGCGCGCCGCUUCCUCGAGGAGCUGUGGCACCCGUGGCUGCUGGUGCUCGACAACUACGCCUCGGCGCCGCUCUACAACGACAUCAUGGACCUGCUCCCCAGCCGGGGCUGCGGCGCGAUCCUCCUGCUCUCUUCCGAGGACACGGAGAACGGGCUGGGACAGGUGCUGCAAGUGCCCAAGUACCUCAGGCCGCACGAGCAGGAGCGCGUGGACUCGUCGCUUCGGAGCGCGGUGCAGAACAAGGACUUCCCGGCCAUUAGGGAGGCGGUGGAGCAGGGUGCGGACGUGGACGCAAAGAUCUGGGACGAGUGGCCGUGCAUACACCGGCUGGCGCUGUUCGGCAUGGACGAGGCGCUGCGGUAUCUCGUGGACCACGGGGCAGAUUUGCAGGUAGAUGUCCAGGUGGCGUCUGCGCUGCACUGGGCGGCGACGGACGGGGGCGAGGCGACGACGAGGUUGUUGCUGGACUACGAGGACAAACAGAUGGCGUUUUACUCGCAGGCCACGCACCAGGCGGCGUUUAACGCGGCGGUCGAGAACGGACACACGGAGGUGGCUCGGAUGCUGCUGGGGAGGCGCAAGGUGAGCGUCCACGUGCCGAACAAGUACCAGCAGACAGCGCUGGAGAGCGCGGCGGACAAGGGCAACGUCGAUCUGGUGAGGUUUUUGAUCAGCCAGGGCGCUCUGGGCGACAGCAAGUCACCAGGGGAGAACGCGCUGACCAAGGCGGCCUCUCGCGGGCAUCUGGAGACGGUCAGAGUGCUGUGCCUCGAGGGCAACGUCAACGUCAAUGCUCGUCGCGAGUCCGGAGACACGGCGCUUAUCCUCGCCGCUGACUCCGAUUACAACGACACCACGCUUGAAUUGGCGGCGUUUCUGCUGGAACAAGGAGCGAGCCCGGACCCCGUCGGCUACCAAGACGGCCUGCUGCACCGCGCGGCUCUCCGCGGCAAGCUGGACUUUGUCAAGCUCCUCUUACAGCACAACGCCGAUCCGGCACUCGACGGUGCCGGAUACUGCCCGCUCCAGUACGCGCUCAAGUACGACAACCCGGAAGUCGUCGACCUGCUGCUCAGCGUGGAGAUGCCCGACGCGGCGAGGCGCAAGGCCUGGCUGGACGCUGCCCUGCUGUACGCGGCCCGUGUCGGCAAGCGCGGCGCCGUGCUGCAGCUCCUCGAUCAGGGCGCCGACAUCAACGCGCAGCUCCAAGACGGCAGCAACCCGGCCGGGGCGACCAGCCUCCUGCUCGCGACGCUUGAGGGCCACGCGCAGACGGCGCAGUUCCUGGUACGCCGCGGCGCGCGGCAGGACGUGCUGGACGCACGCGGUCGGCUUCCGCUGCCGGCGGCGGUGACGGGCGGUCAUCACCUGCUGGUGCGGGACCUAAUCCGUGCCGGCGGCGACGCGAAUCUGAUGAGUGGUGAGGACGCGGACACGCCGCUGAUGCUGGCGGUCAAGGCGAAGCACGACAAGGUCGUGGAGGUGCUGCUGAAGUGCGGCGCGGACAGGGAGCUGGCGAACAAGUUCGGCGAGAUUGCGCUGGACAUUGCAGAAGAAAAGGACUACAAGGAGAUUAUAAAGUUGUUGGAUUAG